AUGUGGAGCGACGAUAGAGACUUAUGUGAUCUUUUAGCGGGUAGCUUAUUCAAUGCUGUUGGAUAUCUACCAGUUCAGAGACUGAACAGACGAAUAGACGAUAUUCUGUCAAAAAUUCAUCACUACGGGAGAAGUGUAGAAGUUAUUUUGACCGGAAGUUGGUCUGAGGGUUUCCGAAUGAAUGGUACUGAUGUUGAUAGAAUGUAUGUUGACAAGAAAACACUUGCAUCGGAACAUCCAGAAGAUAUUCCGAGCAGAUUUUGUGCUAUAAAAAUGGAAAAGUCUUCAUCAAUUCCAAAAGGGUAUGUGAAACUUGUAUUGGUGACUCCAAAUAAAUCGGGACAGAAUUUAGAUGCAGCAGUGGUACCAGUUAACGGGAAAUUGUACGUAUCAAGCUUCGCUUACAUAUCGACUUUUGUUCAGGAGGAUGAGGAGCUCCACGGGCCUUGUGUCAUGACAGUGUCGCCAAAUGGAACGGAGCAAGAUGACGCGUACUGUCUGGAAUGUUCGCACUGGCCGUCAGACGCUAUGGAAUGGUACCAUAGAAAAAGACCUCAUGGCUGGCCGGAUCGUCACCUUAUAAAAGACAUAUACAAAAAGGGAUGUCAUUUGGUAGCAAUUGGUUCCAAGAUCGUCGACAAUCACGGACACUGGAAAUUUGAUCCUAUGGUUUGGAGAUUGUCGUUUUCAGUUGCCGAGAAAAGACUGGUUUAUACUUUUAAUGAUACCCAGUUAAUUGUUUAUGGGAUUUUUAAGCUUUUGGUAAAGGAAGCUUUUCGUAAUGAAUGGGAAGUUAUGUGUUCUUAUUUUAUGAAAACAUUGAUGUUCUGGACCAUCGAAGAGACUCCAAAGGAUUUUUGGAGAAAAGAGCGUUUGGUGUCCUGUAUUGAGAUCUGUUUCAAGCGACUAAUUGCGUGGGUGGACAAUGGUUUCUGUCCCAACUAUUUUGUGAGGGAAAACAACAUGUUCCAUGGCAAGUUGCACGAAGAGGCACGCGAGUCGAUAUUUAUGAAUCUGUCGGAGUUGUACGAAGAAGGCUGGAGGGGUCUACUGAGGUGUCCGUCCCUUGUAAAUCUCCGACAGACUCUUGAAGGAGCAAGACAUGGUAUACUUGAUAGUCCUUCAAGCGCUAUCGAUCCGAGCGAAGAAUUUAAAACAUUGAGUAUGCAAAAUAAAAAUGAUUCUAGUUCUUUCUCAGAAGACGUAGUGGACAGAUCGUUUUUUUCUCAAUUGGAAUCAGUUGUAAACGCUCAUUCAUGCCUCGAGAAAGAAUUUUUCAACACUGUUGCGCUAUUACUAGGAGAAGAGUCGCAUCUCGAUUAUUUGAUGCACGAUACGGUGACAUUGUAUCAGAACAAAGUCUUACAACACAUUGCUUUAAUCUUCCUCUACAAAGGUCUGAAUGACCCUAGCAGGUGCGCUCGUUUUCGUUACCGACAAAUCAGACGAGCCCUGGGUUUAUUGGAAAAAACCUGCUCUGCCGAUAUCAGCAGAGGAAGGCUAUCGCUAGCGACGGCGUAUUAUUGCAUUGGAGACUACAGUAAAGCUUUAAACUUCAUCCGACAAUACGAAAGCACAGUUGAGAACAAACAAGGUAUUCUGUACUUCAGUUCGCGCUACUCGAGUGAUACAGAGGAAGCAUACAAGAAAAACUUUUGUAAUGGAAAUUUGACGAAAGUGGAAAAGGCGUCCAUGGGUGUCUCGUACGAUUUUGAGAUAUUUCGAGCGAUGCCAGUUUAUCCAAAAGAAAUAGGACUGGAAAUGUUGCUUGUGAAUAGCACUUCGGAAAGAGUGUCUAUCCCGCCACCCCCAUACGCCAUCUUUCUGAAGGCGAUGUGUUUCGCCCAAAAAUACGAUUUCAACAAAGUGAAAAUUUUGGAAAUAGAACUUUCAGAUUGUCUUUCCUCUGCUCACAAGUCUGCUCUUCAUCUUAUAUAUUUAAUGCUGGGAGUGUGUGACGUAAAAUUGGACCAACAUAACGAGGCACUGCGUCAUUUUUAUCAUGCAUACUGUCACAAGAAGAUGUUGACAUGGCGGCAUAGUCGCUGUGACGAGUGGGGCUCUGUCCAAGCGCCUCUGUUAUACGUUGCUUUGCAGUUAAGACUCCUGAUGUGGUGA